AGCAAUUAAUAACUUGAGCUGUGAAAGAUCAAAGUGAGAGAGAUGGUGAAGGUGACUUUGAAGAGUACAUACACAGUCAAGCCAAUAGAGUCGACGCCAAUCCAUCGCCUUGAUCUAUCAGAGAUAGACCAGGCUAAGGCCUGGACUCAUUCUCCAACCGUCUACUUCUACAGACCCAACGGCCAGCCCAACUUCUUCUCGGCAGAAACUGUGAAGACUGCAUUGAGCCAAGCUUUGGUGCAGUUCUAUCCACUGGCUGGACGUAUUGAGAAGGAUAAGGAAGGUCGUCUCGAGCUCAACUGCAACGAGAAAGGUGCACUGUUCGUGGAAGCCAAGUCUGAUUCAGACAUAGAUGACUUGGGUGACUUUGCGCCAACUUCAGAGCUAAGGGGAUUAGUUCCUUACGUCGACUACAACGAGACCCACAUAAGCGAAUGGCCAUUAGUGCUGGUUCAAAUCACUUCAUUUCGAUGUGGUGGCAUUUGCUUAGGCUUGGGAAUAUCGCACAUAGUAGCUGAUGGAGCCGCGGCGAUGUUAUUCGUCACUUCAUGGGCACAGAUAGCUCGAACUGGGAGCAACGUUAUAGGCCCAAAAUUGAUGCCAUUUAUUGAUAGAACUGUUUUACGGGCUAGAGUUCGAAAAGAUGCAGCAGAGAAGACAACCAAGUUUGAUCAUAUAGAGUACAAGCGGCCACCGGUGCUGGUGAGUCAAGUGGACGAGACGGAGGAGCUGAAGAAGGAAACUACUGUGGCUGUGCUGAAGCUAAGCCAAUACCAAGUUGAAUCCUUGAAGCGACGGGCCAACGAAGGAACCAUGGACGAGCGUGAAUACACUCGCUAUGAGACCUUGGCCGGGCACAUGUGGAAAUGUGCAUCGGAAGCGCGUGGGUUGGUGGACGAGCAGGAAACCAAAGUGCACGUCUCCGUUGACUGUCGCCGCCGCUUACGGCCAGCUUUGCCUGCAAAUUACUUUGGAAACGCAACGUUUCCGACAACUCCGGUGGCGAAAGCGGGUGAUCUAAUAUCAAAGCCGCUCAGUUACGCUGCAAGCAAGAUUAGAGAAGGUGUGAGGAGGAUGACGGAUGAGUACGUCCGGUCGGCGGUUGAUUUUCUGGGAAGUCAGCGUGAUUGGAGUCAAUUCAGGACAUCGUUUCAUUCGAUAGACGAUAAGGCCAAGCUGGGAGCAUACUACGGGUGCCCCAAUCUAGCCAUCACGAGCUGGAUAGGGCUGCCACUAUACACAGCGGACUUCGGGUGGGGCCAGCCAUUCCAUAUGGGUCCGACUUCCCUAGGAGCGGACGGCAAGGCGUACGUGAUCUCGACGGAGGAUGAUGGCAUCAUCGUGUAUCUGCGAUUGCAAACGGAGCACAUGGAGAAAUUCAAGGAAUUGUUCUAUGAGGAUCUUUAAUUAUAUUGUCUAUUGUUUAUUUUGUCGUAGAAGACGAUGAUGAAAAUAAGUAGCGGUGAAUAUGUUUUUCUGUUUU